AUGGAGACCGUUCAGUUCACUGAGGGCAUGGUUCAGACGGAGUUGAUGAAACUGAAGGAAUCAAAAUCACCAGGUCCCGAUAGGAUUCCGACGAGGAUUUUGAAGGAACUCGCCGGUGAGUUGGCUAAACCACUCUCCAUGGUUUUCCAUACAUCCUUCGAGACCGGAUAUCUGCCACCCGACUGGAAGUCGGCGUGGAUUACGCCGCUAUACAAGGGCGGAAGUCGGGUCUCUGCGAACGAUUACAGACCUGUCAGCCUCACCUCCAUUUGCUGCAAGAUUAUGGAGAAAAUAAUAAAGCAACAAUUAAUGCAGUUCCUUGAACAAAACCAUCUGCUUUCCGAUUCCCAGCAUGGAUUCCGAAAAGGCAAGUCCUAUGGGAUAAACUUGCUCUACUGUCUGGAACACUGGACUCGGGCUGUUGAUAGAGGAGAUAUGGUGCAUGUCAUCUAUAUUGACUUUAAAAAGGCCUUCGACAGGGUGCCUCACCACCGCCUUCUAUACAAAAUCAGCCAUAUAGGAGUGUGAGGUAAGCUUUUGAUGUGGAUUCAAGGCUUUUUACUCGGCCGCUCUCCAGCCGUCCACGUCAGAGACCAGCAGGUUGCCGAAGUUGCCGUUAGGAGUGGUGCUCCCCAGGGCUCUGUUCUUGGCCCUACUCUGUUCCUCGUAUGCGUCAGCGACUGUGCAAACGAACUGGAUUGUGAUGUCUCAAUGUUUGCUGAUGACAUAAAGAUCUUGAAUACCAUACGAAACGAAGUUGAUGAGGCGCGACUGUCGACAAAUCUAGACCGCCUCGAGCAAUGGUCAAAAGACUGCCUUCUACCGUUCAACGUAAACAAGUGUAACUUCCUACGCGCCGGCGGAACCAUUUCUCCUAACCACACGGUCUACCGUCUGGCUGACAAACCACUGCGAGAAGUUGUCGCCCAGAAGGACUUGGGCGUAUGGAUCACAACUACAAUGUUCAAAGGUAGUCAAGUUGGUGAUGUUCAUUCUAUACCUCGUCUAACGGGCCUUCUCUUCCUUUCAUGA